AUGUUGCGGCUAACAAUCUUUUUGGCAGCGUUCGCUACACUCGGAUAUUGUCAAGAGAAUGGAAUUGAUUUUGAUAAUCCGGGAAAUUGUGGAACAGAAGCCAGCAAUUGGAAGCCGUGCAUUGAGCGGAAAGUAGCAGACCAAGUUUUCGGAAGCUGCUGCUCCAGAUUUGUGCCACCUGAGUGUCGUGGACUCUGUAUCUACGAGACAAAUGCCAUUGAAGCCAGAGUUGUGCUAAUGCACACCAUCCAACCAUCCCGCUGCCGUCUUUACAAAUAUCUCCCAGCUAUUGUCCACUGUGCCGCACAAACCCACGACAACAGCGAAUGCUGCAGAUCCAACGGAGUCGCUGAACUCGGAGAGCAAUGCGUUCAAAUGUGCCAACCACAAAGCAACCCACGACGAUUCUGGGGAGUCAAGUCCCUCCGCAAGGAUAUGGUUGUCUGCUUGGCCCGUUGGGAUCAAAUCAUGCAAUGCCACCAGUCUGGUCUCAGAGCGAGAAAGGUUCCACGUGUGAACGCCUAA